UGGUGAAGUUGGUGCCGUGUAAUUCACACAUGUAGACCUGCUGAGCGGCAUGGAGCUACAGUAGCACACGCUUCGUCCGCAGCCCGCAUGAGGUGCGUACAAACUACUCGCAGCGAUGUCGGUAAGCCGGUGUGUGUUUUUGUUUUCUCGACUUCAACGCCACAUUCGGACCCGGACUGCGACCACCACUGCUGGCACCUGUCACGCGUCUGGUUUCUUCCACAAACGGCGUCCGGCGGGCUCGGUGCUUUGCAGCAGAUACGUUUCAUCCAGCGGCUCUUCUCAAAAACCUCCAGACACGUCUCUGUUCGUCCCCAUCUCCCUGAAGACGGACUGCUCGGUAGACGGGAGCGUGGGGCUGGAGCUGACGCAGCCGCUCCAUAAAAGUGAACUGUUGAAAGUUCUGAAUCGGUUUUAUAAGAAGAAGGAGAUGCAGAAGAUGGCAUCGGACCAUGGCCUGGAUGCUCGUCUGUUCCACCAGGCCUUCAUUAGCUUCAGGAAGUUUGUCCUGGAAGUGACAUCACUCCCCGCUGAUCUGCACAUCAUCCUGAGUGACAUCUGCUCUGGAGCAGGUCAUGUUGAUGACAUCUACCCGUACUUUAUGCGUCAUGCCAAGAUAAUCUUUCCUAUGCUGGACUGUAUGGAUGACCUGAGAAAGAUCUCAGACCUCAGAGUCCCUGCUAACUGGUACCCCGAGGCUCGUGCCAUCCAAAGGAAGGUGAUUUUCCAUGCUGGUCCCACCAACAGUGGUAAAACCUACCACGCCAUCCAGCGCUACCUGGGUGCUAAAUCGGGGGUCUACUGUGGACCCCUCAAAUUACUGGCCCACGAGAUCUUUGAAAAGAGCAACAUAGCCGGUGUGCCAUGCGACUUGGUUACUGGAGAGGAGAGGACCUUCAUGGACCCAGACGGUCGCGUAUCUGGUCAUGUGGCCUGUACCAUUGAGAUGUGUAGCGUCAACACACCUUAUGAGGUGGCUGUAAUCGAUGAAAUUCAAAUGAUCAGAGAUCCUUCCAGAGGCUGGGCCUGGACCAGAGCACUGCUGGGUCUCUGCGCAGAGGAGAUCCAUGUGUGCGGUGAGCCCGCAGCCAUCGACUUCAUCAGAGAGCUGAUGUACACCACUGGAGAGGAGAUGGAGGUCAACACCUACAAGCGGUUAACUCCAUUCACAAUCUUGGAUCAAGCCCUGGAGUCGUUGGACAACUUGAGACCGGGAGAUUGCAUCGUUUGCUUCAGUAAAAAUGACAUUUACUCCCUAAGCAGACAGAUUGAGGCCAGAGGACUGCAAUGUGCUGUAAUUUAUGGGAGUUUACCACCAGGCACCAAGCUGUCCCAGGCCAAGAAGUUCAAUGACCCUGAUGACCCCUGCAAGAUACUGGUUGCUACAGAUGCUAUUGGGAUGGGCCUUAACCUGAGUAUAAGACGUAUAAUCUUCAACAGUCUGAUAAAGCCCAACGUUAAUGAGAAAGGGGAGAAACAGAUGGAGACCAUCAGCACAUCACAAGCUCUGCAGAUAUCUGGCCGCGCAGGGAGGUACGCCUCCAAGUUCAAAGACGGAGAAACCACCACCAUGCACAGAGAUGACCUGCCUGUUCUGAAGGAAAUACUCAGCCACUCCGUCGAACCCAUAAAGACUGCAGGUCUCCAUCCGACAGCAGAGCAGAUAGAGAUGUUUGCCUAUCAUCUACCCGAGGCGACCCUGUCCAACCUCGUCGACAUAUUUGUCAGCCUCUCCCAGGUGGACGGGAUGUUUUUUGUCUGCAACAUCGAAGACUUCAAGUUUCUGGCUGAUAUGAUUCAGCACAUUCCACUGAACCUGAGGUCCCGCUACAUUUUCUGCACUGCGCCCAUCAACAAGAAACAACCUUUUGUAUGCACCUCCUUCCUCAAGUUUGCCCGUCAGUUCAGUCGAGACGAACCCCUGACCUUUGACUGGGUGGCUCGUCAUGUCAGCUGGCCUCUGUCUGCACCCAAAAACAUCAAAGACCUGGUUCACCUGGAAGCUGUUCACGACGUCUUAGAUCUGUACCUCUGGUUGAGCUACCGUUUCAUGGACAUGUUCCCAGACACGGCCUUGGUUCGGCAAACCCAGCAGGAACUUGACGAUACCAUACAAGAGGGCGUUCGAAAUAUCACCCGUCUCAUCCGAGCCACGGACUCGACCGCCACCGACCCGCUGCGGACGCAAGGCAGCCGGGGCGGACCAGCGGGUGGUAAUACUGCCAGCAGUGAUCCGUUGACCAACAGCAAAGGUGAAAGGGCACGAAGAGACCCGGGGGAGAUGGACAGCUCUCUGGCGAGCCGCCUGGUGAGAGACGGGCUGUUGACUCCGAAUUUGCUCCAGCAGCUCCAGAAGGAGUGGUCUAAAGAUCAGAAGGGAGUUCAGCAGGAAUUCACCAAUCAGGGAACACUCGAUGCCGAACCUCUCAAUAAUAUCAAUAAAAGGAAAAAGAAAAAGAAGUGAAUGAAACAUCUGGCGGUUUGUUUUUAGUCCCGGAGGGCUUAUAAAAAAGCUUUUAGCUGUGAAAAUACAACACCAACAUGUCAGACCAGUGUUUGAUUCGGUCAUUGGACGUGGAUUAAACGACUCAGAAUCACCCUUAAAGUCAUUUAAGUCUCUCAAAUUAGCCCAACAACAGACUUUACUGCCCUCAUUUGGAUUUUACCUUUUUUCUUUGGACAUGCUGCCUGAACGACGCGUUUACGUUGUAACUUACAGACUGACGAGCAACAUUUUGGUUCCCCACAAUAUUUCAGUACAGUCAGUGUGUUGUAAAUGCUGUUUUACAAGCAUUGUGACCAGGACACACUUUAACAUGCACUGUUUGUGUGUGUGUGUUAGGUCAGGAAUCGGUUUGCUUUCUUCUUGCUCCAUGUACUCCAAUGUAAAUCCUCAGAAAAGUCACAAAAAUGUAUCCAUACAGUACUUUAAAUCUCCAUCUGGAGCUCCCGAUACCGAUAGACGUGCGUAAAGAUUUACAAAUACAACUCGACUGCAGGCAUUUACCGUCGGUGAGAGUAAUCUGACAUUCUCUGCAGCUGUAGUCAACGUUGUGUGUACAUAGAAUGAAGUGCAUCCCUGUUGGUGUCUAUAUAAACAGCUGAGAUGCCAUAUUUGUUCAUGUAUGUUUGUUUUUUGAAGAUGUUAGUCGAUUAAAAAUUUACGACAUU